AAGAACCUUUUUUAGUUGCUGAUAAGUUUGCACAAGAGAUUGAAACGACAAUAACAAAUAAUAAUAAUCUAGUACUAUAUCUAAGUAUUUUUGAUCAAAGCGAAGUAGAUUUUUAUGAAAAAAACUUAACAAUCCUUGAACAAAAAAUUGAAUUUGUUAAAGAAGUAGAUAGUAAUAAUUUAUCUGAUUCUGAUGAAAGCUUGCAAGAUGAUAGUACUAGCGAUAAAGAAAACAAUGAUCUUGCAAUAGCAAUUCAAAUAUAA